UGUCAAGUGAGGUGGGAUGAAGCAGAUCUGGUUAUAAUAAUUAGGACCAUUUUCAGCCUUUCCAACCCAGGCCAACGUCGCCUCGAUGCCAUCCAACCAACAACUUAUCUUCAGCAUCCGUUCCCCCUCCCCUGGUUCCCUAUUCCCUAUUCCUCCUCUCCCGCCUCCUCGUUCGCCGUCCACAUCAGUCCAACCAUCCCGUAUAACACCUAACUUCGCUAAAUACAACGAUUUCUCUAUUAUACGGCGCAUUUUCCCCCGUACGUUCCCCGCUAUCUAUCCCGCUUGCGAACCGUCAGCUCAAACAUCUACCCCGCCCAAGGUCUUUCAAAUAUCGCAAUAUACACUUCCUUCCUAAGACGCCUGUUUCCAUGCAAAGAUUCUAAGAUUGAGGACGAGAAACUGCUUUUCAGUCGCUGUUUAUUCCGCCAUUCGCAGCCAUGGGGAAAUCACAGUCAAAACUCUCCCCUUCACAACUGGACGAACUGCAGAAAGCAACCCACUUUGAUAGAAAGGAAUUACAGCAGUGGUACAAAGGUUUUCUAAAGGACUGCCCCUCUGGCACCUUGACGAAGGAAGAAUUCCAAAAGAUCUAUCGGCAAUUCUUCCCUUUUGGAGACCCGUCCUCGUUCGCGAAUUACGUUUUUAGAGUCUUCGAUUCCGAUGAGAGCGGCAUGAUUGAUUUCAAAGAGUUCAUUUGCGCGUUGUCCAUCACCUCUAGAGGAAGAAUGGAAGAUAAAUUGGACUGGGCUUUCCAGUUAUAUGAUAUAGAUGGUGAUGGGAAAAUAACCUACGAAGAAAUGCUGGCUAUCGUUGAGGCUAUAUAUAAAAUGGUUGGGUCGAUGGUUAAACUACCCGAAGACGAAGAUACGCCCGAGAAGCGGGUGAGAAAGAUCUUUCGCAUGAUGGAUAAAGAUGAGAAUGGAAGCUUAGACCUCGCGGAAUUCAAAGAGGGAAGCAAGAGAGAUGAAACCAUCGUCAGCGCCUUGUCUUUGUAUGAUGGGCUAGUGUGAUUGAGGGGCGACUUCUGCAAGGGGAUUCAGUCACCUUGCAAUCUGCAAUCUGCACACGCAUAGACAUGCCACCAUUUAAUGCCCAGUCACGGCCAAAUGUUGGGUCUAUUUUUUUGACUGACUCUCUCCUCUCUCACUUUCAAGGGGCGUGUGAGGGUUUUUUUAAAGGGUGCUUUUUGGCUAGUUUGUCUGUCUCACGCAUGCAGUACGAUGCCGUCCAAAGCACCCUUUCAUCAUCGUAUAUCCCCGAUGCUUACAUCUUCAGCCCCCUGCCGGCUCUACUGCCAUUUACUCUUACCCUCCCUACCUCCACACGCUCUCAUAGCCGCCCUUUUCUUGAUUAACUACCUGAUGGAUUGCGGUUUCCUUACUCCAUUCCUAGUGGGAAAUGUGCCACCUGAUUCCAAUGCUUUUUAAUAAUGAUAUAAAGAAAAAGAGAGAUACGAAAUUCCUUUUUUUCUUUUGUAACUCUUUUGUAACACUUUUUUCGGUUUUUUUUUUUUUUUUUUUUUCUCCACCACAAACUACAGCAUGAUAAAAAAUUAAGCCCAAUCACUCUGCCACAUGUGGAAUCUAUGCGCUUCCUAUCUUGUUUAUUCUAUGCUCUAUAUGUUUUACACGUCUUGUCUACCUCAGUGAGCCGUAGUUUCAUCAGGGAAAUGAUUUUCUUUGCUGUAUGUUUCCCUGUGCUUUUCUAUCAGUUGCCUUAUACUAUUUCAUUUUCAUUCCGUCGAUUCCCCCGCACAACUCUGUAAUCCUGGUGGUCUUCAUUUUGAGGUGAGAUAUGAUCAGAAGAAUUACUGAUGUAUUUUACUUCUUUCCGCCGCCGCUUCUUGUAUUUUUCAAAAAUGGCUAAUUCAUUGGCUUCACAAACAUGCUUUGUUCCAUCCUUGCAGUGAGUCUGGUCUAUAUUCUCAAUAUAUCUUAAGAGUUUCUAUUUUGAUUCAUUUCUGUUUCCAGUACUUUUAUAACCGUGCAUAUUCAGUGAUGAGGUUUUUGAAAACUAUUACACACUUCAUUGUAGUGGCAAUCGCUCCACCAGCAUGUGAUCUCCUAUAGAGUCUCUGCACUUCUACAAAUCGUUGUAUUAUGUAUGCAAAUAAUCUCUUCAAUAAGCUCUUCAAGUAGAGAACAUUGAAUUGAUAGAUAAAAGCAGCAUAGUUGAGAUCAGAGAAUUUUUCAUUGAAUUCUAUGACAGCUUCUAUGUAUUUUUCAGUCUCUUGAGGUCUUUCAAUCGUGUUGAGAUAGAUGAUAAAUGUGGGAAUGAUGAUGAAAAAUUCAGCAGUGUGAUUUUAUGUAACGCUUACCACUCACUAUAUAGUGAGUGGGGUCAUAUCUCUCUAUAUAUCUCUCUAUAUAUCUCUUCUCUCUAUAUAUUAUAGAAAAACCAACUUUUCU